AUGCUGUCCAGAAGGGCAUCUGCACCUGUUGCUGCUGCUACUGCUGGCGGCGGCAGCAGCAGUGGACCGACGUUGCACGCGACAUGUGGUCGUGCCCUCCGACUGCCCCUGCCCCCACCUCAGGCAUCCUGUCGACCUCGUUCUCCUGGCGCAACCCCUCGCGCCGCCGCCGCCUCCGCCGCUGUUGCUGCCGCCCAGCAAUACCAAGGCAUCUUCCAACGCAGCCAAGGCAAAGGCGCAGCAGAGACUGAGCCAAAGCUCAAGGGAGAUGACGGCCAGGUCCAGGAGCAAAGACGCGAGAACCCGGACGAGGACAAGGACGACGGCCACGAACAACCAGUUGCCCAGCAGUUGCCUGUUCAGGACAAGAAGCGGACGCUCAAGCUCAAGGCCAACCAUCGUCGCCAGUCAUCCAUCUCUUCUCCCGCCGAAAACACUUUCUUUACCGUUUCCCACUUCUUCGUCCCAAUCCGCACCGUGUACACCAGUUUCAACGCCAAAGACGGCCAGUCCCGAGACCCUCGCUCGGUCUAUUUCCGUUUCCCUGCCCCGUCGUCCUCCGACAGCGAGCACCCCACCACGCAUAGCGAGGGCCAGAAGCACCCAGAGUGCUUACCGCGGUCCCCGUCGCAGUCCGCUCCGCCAGACUUUUUCUGCGUGUGCCGCGGAGAGUUGUUGUUGACACUGUUGCAGGCCGGCUCUGAACCCUCCGACCCCAUCGAAACACCAGCCGCCAUGCCCAGCGCAGUGCAUGGACGCAGCCUCUCUGUGUCUGAACUGGCAUCCCCGCGCUUCCCACCGUUGGCAGCGCCUGCCCCCGCGCCCUCCAACGCCGUGGGAUCGCCCUUGGUUUCCAGCUCGUCUACACAGAGCGUAUUUGGCGAGUCGUCUGGGUCAAGCUCAGACAACAAUACUCUCCGACCAAUCCUCCGCCACCAGAAGAGCGCCGUACGCAUAUCCUCCCCGCUCCGGCAGCAGGUUGGGUACGAGGAAGAGCCAAAGACGCCCGUGGCUCGCCGUGGCCCCACUCCGCGCGUGGACUCGCCAGGCUUACCAGUUGCAGACACGGACGAGUGUGAGCUCCUUGCGCCACUAGAAGUUUCGGACGACGACGACACCACUAGGUCACUCCGCGGUCGAGCAGGUACCCGUGUGGCAUGGGCACAGACUAUCCACCACCCACCCCUUCCCCGGUCGCCGGCAAACGCUCGCGACUGCGAAGAGUUCGGCCAGCCCCGGGCUUCGCACGAGCGUAACCUGAGCGGCGGAGAGCGCCGUAGCAUGUUCGACCGCCGCCAAUCCAUGAUGAACGCUCCUGCGGCUGGAAAGUCGAUGCGUCGCCAGCCGAGCAUCAACUCUGUCCCAGGAAACAGGCCGUUCUCUGCUCCUGCUCCGGGUCUGUGGGGAGACGUCGCCGCCACCCCCGGCACUGCCACACCCUCGCUGCGAUCGUCAAUCUUCUCCUCCAGCGGUUCGACCUCUGGCGGCAGUGCUCGCGAAAGUAUCCACGAAGUGCACCCUUCGACUGCGCUGCCAGGAGUGUGCGCGGUCGAGUUUGCGGACAAGCGCGCGCCCACUUUCUCGCGGUCCGGUCUGCGGCGCGCUGGCGUUGUCAUGCCCGUCUCGGCCCGCCCAGCGAGCGUCGCCGUGACCGAGCAGCACUCAGCUCUGCGCUCCACAGGGCCAUCACGACCUGAGAGCAAGCUCCUGGAGAGGAGCGAGAGCAAGAGCACCUUUAGCAGCAUGAGCAGCAUGAUUGCUCGCAAACUCAGCAAACGAUCGCGCUCGGUGCCGCUGCUUAGCAAGAUCACCGAAGGCAAACACUCCCAGUCGCCUGCACGGGGAAGCACAAUGCCAAACCCGGCGUGGCCAACAGCUCCUCCAGGUGCCACACCAGCUCCAAUGACGAAUAUGAACAGCCUGGGCGCUCGGCCACCACCACCAUCGUACUUGCAGUCUCAGUCGCUGCCGCCAGGUGCGAUUCCAGUUCAGGCGACUAUGCGUCCAGGCUUUUCUGGUCCUCCAGGCGCACCUGUCGGCCCCCCAGUUAGUUACACCCCGGUCUAUGUGCUGCCUGGAGGUGCUGGGUUCGCGAUCCCUCAAGGAGCACCCAUCCCGCCUGGAUUUGUCAGUGCCGUUCCUCCCAAUGGUGUUCAGCCCAGAAGCUCCCCCGGUAUGCAGCCUGUUGGCUACGGACCGGGCCCCGGAUACCAACACACUCGUUCCAGCUCGUUGGGCCACCAGCCCAUGGGGGUUGUCUACAGCAACCCCAGCACGCCUCCCAUCCUCUCGCCACCUGGCACACCCCGGCGUGCCCACCCGUCGUCGCCUCAACAGGCCACCCGCCAGGCGUUGAGGCACUACCGGUCCAACCCCGGCAUGCGCCCGGUCCCACUCGAGCCUCUCCCCGAGCUGGUCGUGCCGCACCCAAGUUCUCCGUCGCCGCCUCUGGAGGAAUUCCAGGAGUUUGAGUAUCAGCCUCCUCAGCGCCACUUUGCCCCUGUGGGGGGUUAUGAGGGUGGCGGUCUCAUCGCGUCCCCAGAACAGCUGUCGCCUAUCGAUCCACCCAGCCCCACACCGUCGUCGUUCCAGCUGGGUCGCAGUCAGGUCGCCGAGCUCACCGACCUCAUGAAACGUCAGCAAGACGUCGACGUUACCGUUCCUUGCGCACCGGGGCUCCAGCCUCCUGCGAUCGAGGCUCCGCGUCUUGCCAACCUAGACUUUGGUGCUUCGGCUGCUGCGCUCCUUGCCGAGUUUACGCUCCCAGACCUUCCUACGCCUACAGACAGCGUGGAGACGUAUCCCGAGCCGCCGCCUACUCCCAAGGCCCUCGAGCAACCUCAUAACCCUGCUGCUGGCUCGUCGACCAUCUCAUCGUCCUCGGUGGCAUCGCGCUCGUCCCUCGCCGACUUUGGAUGGUCUCCACCUCGCGCUCACCGCUCGCCAACUCGCCAGGGUCGCUCGGCGUCGGCGUGCUCGACCGAGGUGCUCGCCGCGCCGUCGGCUCAGAAGCUCAGUUACAGUGCUCCUCCGACUCCACUGCUGAGCACCACGCCACUCUUUGCCCCACAGCCCCGUGUCGAGUCCGAGCACGUUUCGCCGCGUACGUCCCCCGAGAAGGAGGACACCUCCAUGCGCGAGGAAACGGACGCUGUGCCGGGAGGUCGCCCUUCGACGCUUGUGGCCUCCAACCUCUCGGCCCUCCUGGAACGCCAGCAGUCGGCCAUUGCCCCGCCUCCGCGCGGCCAGUCGCUGAUGGCUUCGUCCCUCGGCGCGACCUCUUCGCGUCCCGGUCCGGCGUUCACGGUCACCACAGCGACCCCCGUCUCAUCGUCUCCCGGACACAACAUGCGUUCACCCUCGACCAUGUCCCUCGAGUCGGACACGAGCGUGCAGUCGACGACCUCGAGCCAGCGGUCCAUCUCGUCGCUGACUAGCGCCUCGAGCGCUGCCAGCGUUGACAUGCCGGACCCAAUCGCCGAGGACGAGGACGACGACAACGACGACGCCUGUGCUGCUGCUGCUGUCGACAAGCUCUGCGCUGUCAGCAGCAUCGAGUCGGGGGGCGCCGCUCCCAUGACUGUCGCUCCCGUCCGCGACGGCGGCGAGACCAACUCGAACGUCAUCAUCAAGCGUGGGACCGUCACUCGCGUCAAGAGCGCUGUUGCCAUGCGCAUGCGCGUGUCGUCGUCGCCUUGA